AUGACUGAGCCCCAGGACACGAAGGGCAAGAGGCAGCAGAAACCGGGGCACGUGCACGGCCAUCAGGCACACGGAUGCGCGGUGCUCGUCCCUGGCCACGGGCUCGUCGGGCCAGUGCUCGCACCCGAGCGGAUGGCGCGCGUCAUGGCGCUGGCGCCCAAGCCGCAGGCCCCGAAGACUGCGACCACCACGGGCACGGCGGAAGAUAGAGGCACCGAGUGCGUGGAGGGCGGCGGAGGCACCAAGUGCGUGGUGGACGGCGUGGAGACCAAGUGUGUGAAGGACGGGGGAGGCGCCAAGUUCGUGGAGGUCGGCGGAGACGCCAAGUGCGCGCAGGGGCAACGGCGAGGAGAAGGGAGGACGCCCGAUAAGAAGCCUGCGCCUGGAUGCCACCCAUUCGGUGCCCACCCGCUCACGCUGGACGACACGUGCGCGAAGCAAGGGCAAGUUGAUGAAGAAGGUGUCCAAGAUGGAGGUCAGAACAGAAGCAGCAGCACCCGCGCGGCGACUGCGCUCGUCAACGCAGACGACUGCGAGUUGUCGAUCCCUGGGGAGGCGAUGCCUACGUCAAGUUGGGGAGGCGGCGGACGUGGCAUAUCACUGUUACUGGUGGUGCCACCGCUGCUGCAUGGUGGAGCGACGCUUUUUACUGGCGUGGCGGAUCUACUUGAAGACCGAGUACUGACGAAAGACACCGAGUAA